GAGAGCGCUGAAGCCUCGAAGACAGGCCGCAGUCCCGUCCCCCCCCCCGAAGUUUAUGAAAUUAAAGGGGAGGGAAAUACGGAGAUAUUAUUUGGUGCCAACUUUUUUUUAAAAAAAAAAGUUUGGUGUUUAGCAUUGAGAUGCAGGUUAAAAAAACACACAAAAAACCCCACCUAGUAUUCGAGACCUUAACCCAUUUCAGCACCUGCCACUUAUGCCCAAGAGGCUGAAACUCAACCAGUAAAGCCUCCCGCUUUGUCAGGAUUCCUUGAUGGGGGAAAAGCUCGACCAGUUGCAUUUGGGUCUGUCACGUCACAGCAAGAGCUCUGCAAGGGGGGGGAAAAGGCAACACUGCCUAGCAAAAGUGAUAACGUUUUCCGACCUGCUAAUAUUUAUAUAUAUAUAUAUAUAUAUAGAGAGAGAGAGAGAGAGAGAGAGAGAGAGAGAGUGUGAGUGUACAACGCCUCACUAAAUACGGGGGAUGGAUCAUUUGGCCAGAUUUUUAUUCUUGUCUUUCAGCAAAGGGAAAACACAAUGGAAAUUCUGCGGCCACCGCUGAUAAGAAUUGGAGGACGUGUUUACAGGAAAAGACAUAUUCGAGAACAGCCACACCAGCAUGAAGAGGAAGAGGAUUUCUAUGCAGGUCCUGAGGAUUGUGCAGAUGAACCCUGUGAUGCCUUUGUGGUGGAAGAGACAGAAAGAGGAUACCAAUGUGCUGUGGACAUUCCCAGCCCACUGUACAAAUAUAUAAUAGGCAAAAAAGGAGAAACAAAGAAGAAAAUAGAAACAGAAACCCGAACCUCUAUCAUUAUUCCUAAGCCUGGAGUUGAAGGAGAAAUUGUGAUCACAGGACAACACCGGAAUGGUAUUAUUUCAGCUCGAACGCGAAUUGAUGUUCUUGUGGAGAGCUUCCGCAAGAAACAACCCUUCACACACUUUCUGUCAUUUGCACUCAACCAACUUGCAAUCCAGGAAAAGUUUCUACAGUUCAAAGAGGAGGUGUUGGAGAAGUGCUCAAAUGACUAUGGUGUCAGUAGUAGCCUGUUCCAGAACCCUGCCAAGCUCCAUCUGACUAUUGGGACGCUGGUACUCCUGAAUGAACAGGAAAUCCAGAAGGCCCAAGAACUUCUACAGAGGUGUAAAGAAGACUUCAUUGACUCAAUUGCUGGAGGCAAACCACUAACUGUAGAAGUAGCAGGUGUAGAGUACAUGAAUGAUGAUCCAGCCAUGAUGGAUGUUCUCUAUGCAAAAGUUCAUCUGAAGGAUGGCUCUAACAAGCUCCAGCACAUAGCAGAUAGACUGACAGAUCGGUUUGUGACCUCUGGACUAAUGAUGAAAGAGUGGGAUCGGGUGAAACUCCAUGCCACAGUCAUGAACACAAUCUUCCGGAAAGAUCCUAGUGCUGAAGAGCAAAGUAAUAGAUCUGCAGGCAAAUUUUUCAAGGAAAGGGAGUCAUUUGAUGGACGAAAUAUAUUGAAGCUCUUUGAGAACUUCUGCUUCGGAGAAGUGCAGCUGAAUUCAGUCUAUCUCUCUCAGAGAUUCUCCUCAGAUAGCUCUGGUUACUAUGCGGCAUCUGGGCAGUUAAAUUUCUCCUGAAGCAGAGACCAAUGCCCCAACAGAAUGACAUCAGAACUGCACAAUGAAGAAGAAGAAGAAGAAGAAGAAGAAGAAGAAGGAGUAGGAGGAGGAGGAUUUAAAUGGAUCCUGUUGAUGGGCCAGCGUCAUUCUGUCCUCCUUCUAAAUUUGCAAAUUCACCUUGGCCUGAACACAGUGAAAACAAUUACUUGUUCAAAUAAGAUAUUUUACUUGGUUGGUUCUUUUAUUGAAGAAUAGGUGCUGGUUACAGAUGAAAUAAUACAUUCUGCUUGUAACAGGCUUUCAGAUAGUUGUAAAUAAAUUAAACACGGUUACCAAUCCAUUUUUUUUACUAGCUUACCUUUGAACACAUAGCCCUAAGAAUCGAUGCUUUCAGUUUACAAAAGCUCCCAUCUUCAGUUGCCUAGAAGGGGUUCUUACUGCAUGUCCAGAUGUGCUGCAAGUAACUCUUUUCAUCUCUGAAAUGGUCACUGUAAUUCAGAGAGCACAAUCCAUGCAAAGCGACAUUUUUCCGUACGAGGGGCCAGGUUUUGCCACGUGGACAACACCCUGGAUGAUUCUGCUUACAUGGUGAUGAAAAAUCACACCCAGCAGUGUGAUAAUGCUUGCCUAUUUCCUUGUGUUACCCCCCAAAGGCAGUAGGCAUGAUGUGUUCGCUGGUGUGCAGCUCUGAGCAUUUACUAUGGCUCACAGUGUUGUGACCCGUAUCUUAAAAACAUCUACAAGCUGUUGUGUAUGAGUUCUAGAGUUAUUUCAUCCCAUAACAAAAAGAAGGGAACAAGGGUAUAUAAGGAGCAACAGUGAGAAGUGAAAUGGUAGGUGGAAGGGAAGGCAAAAGCAAAUACAAGCAUCCUAGUAAUAUCUGAAAUACUAUUCCCCAUAUUACUGAAUGCUUGGAGUAAAUUCUGGAAGAUCUAACCCAGUCUCUCUUAAUGACUGAUAGCCAUACACUGGGCAAAGGAUGCCUGAACUGAAGCGGGUUGGACUAGAUGCCCCUCGUGGUCCCUUCCAACUCUACAAUUGUAUUGUUUAUUUGGUUGAGAGUAAUUGAUUUGGAACUGAAUCAUGCUGCUUAUUUUAGUACUGGCAAGAAAUGUCCAAUUCGCAUCCAUAUCCCUGCCCCCUGAAUGUUACAAAACAGUUUUCUAGAAAUUCUGCUAAAGAGAAUAAAUGUACACCUGCCAAUUUUUAGAAUGCAGGAGCUGUUUUCCUGUUUGUCACUUGGGGGAUCAUCUUCACUGUCCACAUCCAGUUAUACUAGCAGCACAAUUGUUUUCUGAGGGUGGGCUGGGCUUUGUUGUUUAACAGCCCAAUCAACACCUGUUUCCUUGUAUUAGCAUCUCAGGAUGUCCUGUCGUGGCUUAUUUAAAAAAAACAAAAACCCAGUGGCAUAUGGGAACACAGUAGCCUGCCUUAUACUAUGUCAGUCUAUCUAAGUAUUAUCUUCUCUCACUGCCAGUGGCUCUUCAGUAUAUAGCAACGUAGGAAGCUGCCUUAGAGUCCUACCAUUGGUCCAUCGACACCGGCUGGCGGUGGCUUUCCAUGAUUUCAGACAGGAUUCUCUUCCAGCCCUGCCUGGAGCUGGGACCUUCCACAGGUAAAGCAGACCUACAGGACUAUUUUCAAUGAUUCCUUACCAUCCCUACCUGGAGAUGGGGAUUGAAGUUAGGAUCUUUGAAUGCAUUAUGGCCCUUCUCCCAACGGCAGGCAGAGUGAAACUCUUUUUGUGGCAUAUGAAUAACUACGAACCAUUUUAAUGAUUACUCUUAAAAUAUGCAACCCCUGCGUUCCCUAUUCACUCCUUAGCUGGCUGAUGUCAUCACUUUCGUUCUUCAGCUAUCAAGAGUCUCUUCUGAGGCUCUUAAGGCUUGACUUUGCCAGUCACCUCGAAGAGCACAGGUCUGAUCCUGAGUGCUCUUUUCCUCCACACAGCAAUUUUCAGCACCUUUUGAGAGGUACUCUGCUUGCCCAAAUACAGGCCCCUUUGGUUCUUCCUUUACCCAGAGCAAAGGCAGAGGGAGGUGGGGUUUUUUUGUUGUUCCACUUCCUCACAAAAGCCAGGCAUCUCUUCUGCAGCAGAAAGAAAAGAUGUACAUCUGAAAGCUUCUUGACAUAUUUUUAUUUUUAACAACAGUAACCAAGAAGCUGUUUAUGCACUUAGCAAUGCACUUCAUGCUGCAUAUUAGAGACCGAAAAGGAGACGAGGACUAUUUUUAUUCUUCUUUGUCUGCAGUUCCCUCAUAGAAGCUUUUCCAAUAAAUUUUCUUUCCUGA